GUUCUGGCUUCGUGUUCAGUGCUGGAGACCAAAUAAAAACAUCUGGUGCUCUGAAAGCUUUUACAGAUGCAGCUUGGGUGGAAAUGAUCAUCACUGAAUUCAGUUUAAACACCUUUAUAUCAGAUGAACUAACAUUUUCACCUGGCAGGUGGCAGACACAUGGCAGGUCUGUCUAUGUUACUGGUGUGUUGUUGUGGUAGAAGACCAAGAUCUGAUUUAAAAAACGCAUCCCAAUUCUAUCUGCUGGAUAUCUUCUAGUCUGCCCAUUGUGUGGAGUAUACAGGCUUUAUUUCCAGCAGGAUCUCUGUACAGUGUAUCGUUGAGCUGAUUAGACACUAAGCAUGGAGCAGUUCACCGAGACAACGAGUAGUGGAGAGCAGAUUGUGGUGCAGACGUCUGGUGGAGCAGUGCAGCAACAGAGCACAGUGACUGCAGUGCAGCUGCAGGCUGACGGCCAGGUGGAUGCGGGGGCGACCCAGCAGGUGCAGACUCUCCAGGUUCAAGGGCAGCCAUUAAUGGUGCAGGUUAGUGGGGGUCAACUCAUUACCCCUUCUGGGCAGCCCAUAAUGGUGCAGGCGAUGCCAGGGGGACAGACGCAGACGAUCAUGCAGCUACCGGUGACAGGCUCGCAGGGUCUUCAGCAGAUCCAGCUUGUGCAACCAGGGCAGAUUCAGCUCUCAGGAGGUCAAACACUACAGGUACAAACCGCACAGGGACAGACGCAGCAGAUCAUCAUCCAGCAACCACAGACUGCGGUAACUGCAGGACAGAACCAGCCUCAGCAGAUAACUGUGCAGGGUCAGCAGGCUCAGACGGCAGAGGGUCAGACCAUCCUAUAUCAGCCAGUCAACGCUGAUGGAACCAUCCUCCAGCAAGGUAUGAUCACUAUUCCAGCUGCCAGUUUAGCAGGAGGUCAGAUCAUCCAGACGGGCUCCAACACGAGUGGCACUGGGGGUCAGGGCACUGUGACUGUCGCUGUUCCCGUCACGGGAAAUGUGGUUAACGCUGGAGGAAUGGUCAUGAUGGUCCAAAGCGGUGGCUCGGUCCCAACCAUGCAGCGUAUCCCUCUCCCAGGAGCAGAGAUGCUGGAGGAGGAGCCGCUGUACGUCAACGCUAAGCAGUACCACCGCAUUCUGAAGAGACGCCAGGCUCGCGCCAAGCUGGAGGCUGAGGGCAAAAUCCCCAAAGAGAGGAGGAAAUAUCUGCACGAGUCUCGUCAUCGGCACGCCAUGGCACGGAAGCGCGGUGAUGGCGGCCGCUUCUUUUCGGGGAAGGAGAAGGACGAGAUGUGCAUGCAGGUGAGCGGGAGGCUCCAGAUAAAUCCCAACACUGAAUGGACUGCCAUGUCUGCCCAACCCCUGGAAUAAUAUCUGCAAGCUUUUUAGCAAUACACGCUCUUCUUUUCAAGCAAAAAAGACUGCAUGUGUGUAUGUCUGUGUGUACAUGUCCGUUUGUGUGUGUGUGUGUGUGGGGGGCGGGGGGGUGUUUUAAUGCUUUAAUGCUUUUUUUAUGCAUGCAUCUUUUGUUUUUUAUUGCUAAGACCAUGACUUGAUGCCGUUACUGUACAACAAAACAAACUGCGCCGAAGCGGCUGUGGGACAUCUCAUAUCCUAGUUUGUGAAUAACUGCUUUUAUGCAUUCGGUUGGAUCUGAGCAGUGACCGAACGUGAUGCCGUGAUGUUCUCCUACUUAGAUAAGAAGGGCUGUAAUUUAUGCAAGCAAAUAUAUUCAUUUGCUUGAUUAAUUUUGCAAUGAAUAAAUACAAUAAAUACACUGUAAAUAUUUUCAGCACUUAUAGUCACCGUUUCAGCCGAAACUAAACACUGAGUUCUGUUGAACUGCUUCAUAUACAGCCGUAUGCAGCAAACACAUUUUAAACCUGUCCUUAUUUUUUGCCCCGAUAUUAAUAGUGCAAGUUCUUUAGCUGAUAGACUUUAGACAUUAUACUGGAUUUUAUUCUGACUUCACUUAAUCUCAGUAAAGUCAGUAUUAUAAAUUUCAUCCUUAUGAUUUGGGAUUAUUUACAAUAAACUUGCACGUUCCUCAUUCAAGCUUCAUUGUGCUUCAGGAACAUUUUAUAUUAUUUUGCAUUCACCGUAACGUGUUUAUUUUUGUGUGUGCCGUCUGCCUGGCUUGUCUGUAUCUGUAUCCCUGCUGCUUUCUGAGCUCUACGUCGUCGCUUAAUUGUUUGUCAGAAGAUAUUUAACUGUUGAAAUGUUUCAGAAAUCAAUGUUGUAUAAAACAAACUGUUUUGUCACAUUUAUAUUCCUGCUGUUUUCAUGUACUGUUUUCUUCGGUUCCUUUUUUUUUUUAUUCGCAAAUAAACACGUAUUUUGA